UCCGCGCCCGCCCUGCCCCGCUGCGCGCUCCGCUCACCAUGCCCCGGCCCCGACGGCGCUUCCUCGCUCUGCUGCUGCUGCUGAUGGUGGUCACUUUUGAAGCCAGCGCUGUCACCCUGGGGAGGAGGGACAGCUCGGAUCACUUGGAUCUAGGCUGGAGAAGGGAAGAUCUUUACAGGAAAACCGACGGUCUCUUUUGCCAGAAGUGCCCUGCAGGCACCUACAUCGCAGAGGAAUGCAAAGAACAAAACGGCUCUGGCAGGUGUGAGCCCUGCGGGGAAGGGGAAUACAUGGAAUAUCCCAACGCCUUGCCGUGGUGCCAGGACUGCCUGAAGUGCAGGGAAGAUCAGGUGGAGCAGAGCCCCUGCCAGCCCGUCAGGAACACGGUGUGUGCCUGCAGGAACGGCACCUUCUGCCCCCCGGAGCACCCCUGCGAGAUGUGCCAGAAGUGCCAGCCCAGGUGCCCUGAGGGUCAAGAGGUGCAGAAGCCCUGCAGGCCUGACAGCGACCUGCAGUGUGGUCCUGCCACGGACACCGUGCCCCCCUACAUCAUUGUCAUCAUCGUGCUGUUCGUGCUUGCCAUCGUGUUUGGGAUCGCGUUCUGCCUCUGGAAAUCCUGCUGCGGCUCUAGAGGGGAUGGGAGACCCCCGAGCAGGAGGCCCUACGAAGUGGUGAGCUCCAUGUUCCAAAAGCUGUCGUGGUACAAGAGCGUGAGCACGGAGGCGGAGGACAACGCCGCCAACAACCACCGGCAGAAAGAGCAGAGUGGCACAGGGACACCGGUGACGCCGCCGAGCGGGAGUAGAAGCUCCAGGAAGAGGCUGGUUCCAUCACCAGCGAAGGAGCCCACUCUAGCGCUGCAGGGCACCUUUUACACCUUCGCUGACAAGAUCCCCAGGAACAACUGGAAGAUGUUCGGCCGCAGCCUGGGCCUGGAGGAGAACGACGUCGUCAUGGUCGUGUCCAAGGACGAUUUCUACGACAUGCUCUACAAGUGGCUGAGCAGGGAGGGCUCCCAGGCCUCCGUGAACACGCUGCUGGAGACCCUGGACCGGCUGCAGCUCGGCGGGGUGGCGGAGAAGAUCUCCUCCGCGCUGGUCCAGGACGGAACCUUCCAGUAUGAAGCCAGCUGAAAGGGAGCAGGGCCGCGUGCUGCACGCCCUCCCUUCGGUCCACAGCUGCUAAAGAACUCAGAAACACUUGAAUUUUAAGCUACUCGUACCUCUCCUGUGGCUCCUCUCCUCUCGAAGCCGUCGCAGGGUUCAGCUGAGCCAGGGGGAGCUGAUCCUCGGCGAAGGACGAGCCUCGGCGUCCUCCCUGCUGGAGUUAUGGUGCUUCCUCGCCAAACCCAAGCCGGGUUCUUGACUUCACUGCCUCAGUGAGAGCAGUUUUCGAACCAUUUCGAGCUUCCUCGGGGACCACCUCGCCGGGAAGCACCGGUACUACCCGGAGAUCUUCGGGAUCAGCGCGGGGAGGAGCUUUCGAAGGGAUUCCGGCGUCCCCGCGCUUCUGGACUGGACCGUCCCCGUUCCUCGGCGGAUUCCUGGCACGGUGAAACGGCUUCUGCUUCUAGAGCGCCCCUGAGUAAGCUUCACUCUGCGUGCUUGGUGGUUCUGCGAGCUCAGCUGGGGCCUGGCGCUGCUUUUCUGUGGCCUAAACUGCGUUUUCCGUAGUUCUGCCUGCUCUUAGGGAACAGUUUGGAACCGGACUGGGGUGGGGAAGUGGGGACGGAUCGACUUGCACUGUGAUCACUGGGGUUUGCCUGGGGAAGGGGACGGCGCGGGUGUCCCCCAGCCCAGCCCAGCCCCCUGGGACAUCCUGCACUCCACCAGGCUGCUCCAAGCCCCUGACAUUGAAUGUUUGCUGCUCUAUCCGGGCAGCCUUCCUGCCAGUGUUUACCCCCCAUUCCGUUGUGAAAUAGGUUUUUUUUUUUUCCCCUAAUAUCUAAUCCAAAGUGACCCAUUGAAGCGAUUCCCUGUGUCCUGGCACUCCAAACCCUUGUUCCCAGCCCCUCCCCAGCUCUGCUGGAGCCCAUUCAGACCCUGGAAAGGGCUUGAAGUGUCCCAGAGGUUUCUCCUCUGCAGGCUGGACAAUCUCAGCUCUCCCAGCCUGGCUUCAGCCCUCAGAGCAUCUCAGUGUCCUGCUCUGGAUUUGCUCCAACACCUCCACGCCCUGGUCACGUUGGAGAUCCCAGAGCUGAAGAGAAGGGAAAAUUAAAAAACCUGAGGAAAAGGGAAAAAAAAAAAAAAACCCUGAGAAGGGGAAAAAAAAAAAAAAAAAAACCUGAGGAAAAGGGGAAAAUAAAAAACCCCUGGUGUCCCUGCAGGUGCCAGGUCAGCCCUGUGCCCGUGUCCCCAGGGCUGGAAGCACUGAGGUCCCGUCGUGACCGUGGGUACCACUGCCCCUACAUCACACAGAGCUCAGGGACAACCCGGCUGGAACAAAAACCAGCCGGAAAAACACAGAACUGCACGACUUGAGCUGCCUCCCCAGCCCGGCGGGACCUUCCCCAGCGCCUUGGGAGGGUGCUCGGCUCCCUCUCCUGCUGCUCCCCCUUCUCACCCCACACCCGGCAGUAGUUCAGCAGGCAGAAGUUUUGCAGUUACUUAAUUUAUUUCAUCGUUGAAAGUGUUACAUUACAUUUACUGAUUUAAAAGUU